AGUACUGACGUUGUACCAUGUGACUAACCUUUAAGCACAGUUUAUUUUCGGUCAGUGUAAACUAACUCAGUGUCUGUGAUCUGUCAGUGUGUCUGUGUGUGUCUGUGUCUCACCUGCCUUUAUCUCAGGUGAGUUUAUUACCUGUUUUAUAACCUGAGCUGACAUCAGCGGGAUCACAGCCGGACUGUGGACCCGGACCUCUGGACUCUUCAGGAGGGUUUCUCCUGUCUUUGGUCUGAGUCCGGGUUUGAGUCCAGAUCCAGAGAUGAAGAGGAGACUUCUGCUGGUGUCCAACUCCACCCUGCACGGCAGCGGAUACUUGGACCACUGUCAGACACACAUCUCAGACUUCUUCGGAAAGUGAGUUUAACAUCUAUUCAGGUUUAAUUUAAUAUCUAUUAAAGUUAAAUUAAUACAUAUUAAAGUAAGUUUAAUACAGAUUAAAGUGCGUUUACUACACACCAAAGUUAGUUUAAUUCAGCAUACAGCGAGUUACAGCUGUUUUUACAGAUGACAGCUGCGGUCUGUAAGGAGUAUAGAACAGUUCAUGGGGCAGCUGCACCAAACUCCGUUCAAAAAUAGAGGAAUUUUGCGUUUCCACACUUUGCCGUUGAUAAAAAUCUUUCCAUGACAGAGUUCAAAUAAACGUUUAAUAAUGAUUAAUCCUGUUAAUUUCGGCAUAUAUUCAGAUUAAAGUGAGUAUAUACAGAUUAAAGUUCGUUUAGUUCGGCAUUCACCGAGUUAACUACAGCUGCUACAGAGACAGCACGAGUCUGUAAGGAGCAAGGAAAGGUUCAUGGGGCAGCUGCACCAAACUCCGUUCAAAAAUAGAGAAAUUUUGCGUUUUCACAGUGUAGUUAAUAAAAACUUUUUUUGAAAUAGUUCAAUUAAAACGUUUAAUAACAACUAAUCCUUUUAAAUUCGGCAUAAAUUCAAAAGCUGAUGGUGAUUGUUUUACUCUCUCAAUGACUCUUAAAUGUCUGAAGUAAUGCUGUAGAGCUGUUAAUAUAACAUGCCACCAUCGCGGAAAUCCUGCAAAUUUGUAUAGGAUAUACGCUUGUUAACAUGACACACAUGAAUUUAUCUAUUUAUCUGUCUUUCAAGAUAUUUAUCUAUCCAUACAGAGAUCUGUUCAGUCAUGUUUAAUGUACAUUAAGAUGCUUGUUUUUCCAAUGGGGUUUGGUAAGACCUGUAUAAAACUGUGUUUAUCCGGUUUAAGGUCUGAAGUCUCCUUGUAGGUUAUAAUAGAUAUUAAAAUCACAGAUUUGAUUAUCUAUUUUGUUGAAAAGAACAUUUUGUAUUUAAUUUGAAUUUAACCAUCAUGAGCUGGACUCCACAGUAUUGGCCUAUAUAACCAGUUUUCUGACCUGUGUAAAACUGUGUGCAGUUCUUUACUGACUGUUUGUGUGUUUCAGAGAUGUAAAGAGAGUCUUAUUCGUCCCGUACGCUCUGCAUGACAGAGACGCUUACACCAAGACCGCCAGGGACAAGUUCAAGACUCUGGGUAUAAAUAUUUACUUUGAUUAUAAAUACAUGAAUUCAGCGUAGUUAUAAAUCCUUUAGAGAUUUUUCUGAACGUGGUAUUUAUAGUUUUGGUGUUUUUUUUCAAUGUUUCAUUUUGGUGUAUUUUUAUUCAGAUUUUAUUUUGAAAUACUUUAUUUUUUUUAAUGCACUAAAAAUGAAGACGUUUAGUUUUGUUGCAUGUUUGAAUCAGAGUUUUCAGAUGAUGAUAAUCGAACCCGCACAAACACUCGACAUGAGGAUGAACUCGACUGUCUCUGCAGGUUUUGAGGUGGACGGUAUCCAUGAAGCCUCAGACCCUGUGGACGCCGUCAGGAAGGCGGAGGCCAUUUUUAUAGGUGAGUGAGGUUGACGGUUCGAAUCCUCCUGUCUCCAGCUGUCCUCUGACGCGGCUGUGAUUCCCUCUGUGGUGUUUCAUUCAGGUGUGAACUGACUUCCUGUUGUUGUUUUCAGGAGGAGGAAACACUUUCCGUCUGUUGAAGAGUCUCUAUGAGAACCAGGUGGUGACGGAGAUCAGGAAGCGAGUCCUGGAGGUGACGCCGUCAAAGAGAACUUUUAUUGAGUUAUAGUUGUGGGUUCAGUCAGAGUCUGUGGAGGUCUCAGUCUUCUCCUGCCCCUCCCCCUCAGGACGGCGUCCCCUACAUGGGCUCGAGCGCCGGCACCAACGUGGCGACCGUCAGCAUCAACACCACCAACGACAUGCCCAUCGUCUACCCCCCCUCCUUCUGCGCCAUCGGCCUCGUCCCCUUCAACAUCAACCCGCACUACCUGGACGCCGACCCCAGCAGCCGCCACAUGGGGGUCAGUCGAAAAUCCUCCGAGUCUGUUUGGAUCUGGUCUCGUGAAAAGAUCAAAUCAGGGUUCUGUUUCCUUCACGGAGCGCUCUUCUUCUCAUAAACCUUCUCCGUUCAUGAUAAUCAAACCAUGGAGCUGAUUAAUUCGCUCUCUCUGAUUGGUCGAUUUUCUCUGGUAUCAGUCUGGGUCGUUAUCAGUCGCCUCUCUGUCCUUUAUCCUCCUGAAACUGAAGCUAAAGUUUUAAACACUCGUCUUCAUAAAUCUGCGUCAUCAGUCUGUGAGGGGCGGAGCCUCGGUGUUGGCGUUUGUUGGUCUGACUUGCCGUGUUUUCCUGCUCCUGUCUGAGGAAGUGGCGAACAUGUGAGACCGGCUGAGUCAGCAGACUUCAGACGUUUGUCACGUUCAGGUUCUGAUUGGAGGACAGACGCAGAGUCAUGAAUAAUUUCACCUCAGACUCUCAGAUCCUCUUUUUUUAAAGGUUGUUUUUUUUUCAGUUUUCAGAUUUUUUAUCCUCGUUUAUUUGUGAGUUUUUACUUUUUCAUGACCUCUGUAGUUGUCUUUGUUUCUGUGUCCUUCAGUUUGGACCUUCAGGUGUGGAGGGGGGACUGGAGGACACAGACUGUGGUCUCAGUCUCUGAUUAGUAACGUCUUAUUAACUUAUUAUAUUAAAUAUCUGGACACAAAAACAGAAGAAGAAGAACAGUUAGGAACAGGGCUGUGGAUCUGCAGACAUCUAAUACUGCCUGGAUCCUGAUCCUGAUCCUGAUCCUGAUUGCUGCACAGCUGUUACUGUUUGUCAUUUCUGUUGUUGUUGUAGACGCUCAUGUUGACGUCAGUAAUGUUGUUGUUGUUUAUGUUACUCAGGAGACCAGAGAGCAGAGGAUCACUCAGUUCCAUGAAGAGCCCGACACCCCGAGUGUUUUGGUGAGAACAGCCCGACCCAGAACUUUCUGAUUCUGUUUCCUGAUGUCUGAAAUAAACGUGUGUGUGUUUGUGUGUGCGUGUGUGUGUCUGUGUGUGGUCAGGGUCUGAGGGAGGGCUCCAUGCUGCUGGUGGAGGGAAACAAAGCCACCCUGCUGGGAACCACCAGAGCCAGACUGUUCACCAGGUAACGUGCACGCACACGCACACACGUGCACACACACAUUCAAAACUAUAACUCACCUGCUCUAGACCUGGAGACGGUUACCAUGGCGAUGUAUCAGGUCAAAGAGGACCCUGUUUAAUUAAAUGUUUCUGUUUUUGUGUUUCAGGGGGAAACAUUCAGUGGAGUACAGCCCAGGAAGUGACCUCAGCUUCCUGCUGACUCAGUGACCAAUCAGAGUGAAGCGGAAAAACCAGCCAGAGUUUCAGUCUUAAAGUCUUUUUUUUCUGAAUAAAUAUUUUUAAAGAAAAAGACGUUGAGUGACGAGGAUUUCUGAUGAUACUUCACAAACUAAGUUUUGGCCUAAAGUCAAACUUUUACUUUCCUGCAGAACCAAAAUAAUCCAAAUAUGACGGUAAAAUGUGAAUAAAUCAGUUUAUUUCAGCUGGACAGUGAGUUUACGGUGUUAUAAACAGUGAAAUUUGAUCCUCCUGAAGACAGAAAAACUGACAGGAAAUAAACUUUAGAUGGAGAAACGUUCAGACAGUGUUUGAAAUAAAAACCCUAAAGAUAAAAAUGAAAACAGACGGACAGACGGCAGGACUGACGUCAGACCAGGAUCAGGGUUUUUAUUUUACUGAGACUUUAAUAAACCAGAUUUAUUCUCCUGUUUGUAUUUAGAGUCACUUUACACUCAAAAAUCACCAAAACCAGUCCAAAGACUUCGUCUCGGUCAGUCCUGCUGAAAGUCUCAAACUGAUCUGCUGUCAAUAAAGAUUAAUAAUCCUUAAAAAAACUUUAACAACAGUGCAGAAAAACUCUGUGAAUGAACUAAAAAACAAAGUUUUUAUAACCUUUAAGUUAUUAAAGAGGAAAACUGAACAUUUUUGACUGAAACUUGAAGUUAAAGUCAAAAAUGAAACUCUGAAUGUUUGAAACUGAAGAAGAAAAACACGUUUUCAUGUUCCUCAGAUUCUUGCUUUACUGUACUUUUAAUGAACUCAAAGGUCAAAGGUCACUGAUCAACUAUUUUUAGAAAUAUUCGUCAACAGAUCGGAACAUGACGACAGCAGUGAAACUACGUCUAAAUGAUGAAACUUUCACUCGCUGCUAAAGAGAAGAAACCGCUCCGCUCUUAAACUCGUCGAAGCAGCAGUGAAACUUUUUUAUCGCCUUAAAUUUAAUAAGAAAAAUAAACAGUGACACCUGGUGGUAAGAAAGAGUACUACAGAAAACUAACUAGCUGUGAUAACUAACCUCAGAGUGCUGUUAACAGGAUUAUUAUUAUUAUUGUUCUCUUUAAAAUGAUCAUCAACCUCAAACAUUAUUAAAUCAUGGUGCAGACCCAAUAUGGGCGAAUUCAUAGCAAAGUUUUUUUUCUUCUUUUUUUAAUAAAUUCACUUUCUCUCUCAAACAGAAAAACAGAAGAACAGAAAACCAGACGCCCGCUCGCAGAAACUUUCUCUGUUUCAAACUGAACAUGAGGAGAAGUUCGACCGUCUGACAGAAACAUCAUAAAUAAGUGGAGCGAGUCUCAGUGCAGGGCGGGAAAACCAACAAACGAAACUGACCUACUGUUCGCUAAGCCCCGCCCCCCUCGGUUACUGUUGCCAUGGCUCUCAGUUACAGUGCGUACAGCAGAUCUUCAUCGGAGAUCAAUCAGGAUUUUUGACAACAAUGAAGAAAGUCGGUGAAACUCUAAAACUUCUCUUUUAUUUUUGUGUUUUAAUAACGAGUCAGCUGACGGAGAUUAACGCCGAGUCGCCGACAACGACGAAGAUGUUGGUGCAAGAGUGGAGUCUCUAAUUCAUUAAAUAAAGUCACAAUGUUCCUUAAUAAAUUCGUUAAGUUAGAAAAAUGGAGUAACUGUGUUUCUUAUUCGGUCAAAGGUUAGCCUCAUAAAAACUAAAAACACAUACUUCGCGGUUUAAUCGAACGACACGAUGACUUUGAUCGAAUUUCACGUCUUCAUGUUUGUUUUAUUUUUUCCUUUUCUCAGAUGUUAUCCCGACUAAACGAUCAUCUGAUUUAAUGCUAAUGGGCUAAAAGGCUAAUACUCAUGUGAACAGCUGUGAUUGGACAUCUCCAAAAGGGGGAGGAGCUUAGCGAACAGUUCGUUUUCUUAUCUUAAAUUUGUUUAUUAUUCUGAUUAAAUUUGAUUGAUUUUCCGCCCAAACAUCAUUUUCUCAAACAAACUCUCGUCGUACUGAAAUGAGCCGGACCAGUUUUUAAAAUUAUUAAUAUUCUGAAAAUACAAAAAAAAAAAAAUGAAACCUUAAAAACACCAAACAGUCAUCCCAAAACAAACCAGCUCCCCAAACACCCAAACAGAAGGAAAGCGAAAGUCUCAGGGUGGAAAUCUAUAAUAUAAUAAAUCUGUAACACUAAUCAAACCACCUCCAUCCAAAAAUGAACACCUGAACACACCUGACACUCAGAUAUUAAAGGCUGUGUUUAUUCUCAGUGCGUGUUCGCUUAGCUAGCUAGCAUAGCUUUGUUGUUUUGCAGAUUUUAAAUAAGUUACGUGUGCUUUUACAAAACUAUUUCACUGAUUUCAAACCGUUUUCUUUUUUAUGCAAACACACCGUAACACCGAGUUAGACUUUUCUCCACUUCUGUAGUCUAUAAGCUGGGUCAAUAAACUUCUACUGUAGUUAAAAUGAAAAGGUAAAGGUGUUUUUAUUGAGCCGAAUUAUCAAUAAAAUAAUGAUUUUGUUAACAGGUAUGGAUUUAUGUGCUGUUGAGUUAGUAUAUGUGAACAAGAGCACAGUAAAGUUAAAUCAGCUAAUUUUCCAAUGAGGUUCUGUUACUAAACAGAACUACACCAUGAUCUACUGAGGUUAGUACAUAUAGGGUCACAGACAUAGUACUAGACACCAAACAUCUUUUUAACUUUGAUUAAUUUCUUUAACAAAGAGACUAAACACAACUCACCUACUCUCUUCCAGCAGACGCUUGUUCAUAGUGAAACCUCAGGCCAGUCCAUUACAGACUACAGCGGGGUGUCGCAGCUCAAGGAAGAACAUUUAUGAUCAUUUCUUCAUUCAUCUCGAGGGGGUGUCUAACUCGGUGUUACGGUGUGUUUGACUCUAAAUUAAUUUCACACUGGAUUAUCUCUUUAAAGCUCCUGUGAGGAUCGUUAGGUCUGUGGCGCCCCCUUGUGGACAAAAUGGUCACUUUGUUAAUUCGUUAAAAAUGUUUGUCCUGGAAAAAUGUAAAUACUGUUUCUUUGCAGUUUGUUGUUGGUGACACUGACCCCUGCUGGCCUCCCACAGUAACUGGUUUACUUCAGUCAGUCUAACAGAGGCAUCAGCAUCAUUUACAGCCUGUUUCCUGACCGUCCUCACGGUCCUCACAGGAGCUUUAAGUGUGUUCGGACCCUCAGAUCAGACACAGAUAACAGAGUGAAACCUUCUUCUCUCGGUUCCUCAGCAGUUUUGGACUUUUGAACUUCCUGACUUUGACUUUUGGGAGUAAAUGUGCAAAUCAAACAUGAGGCUGAACUCCUCGGGGUGUGCUGCAGACGUCUGCCUCCUUUCAAAGUUUGGACUCUUGACAUUUUCAGGGAAGACGCUCAGACGGUUAAAGGAGCAGUUCAACAUUUUGAAGCAGUGAUUUCUUUAGGAUGAAGCUGAACGAACUGAAAUGAUCGAACCGCCAACAUCAAACUCAUAGAGAGAAGAAGAAGACGUUUAUCCCCUAAGUGUUGAAAUGCUCCUUUAACUCUGAGCAGCUGAUCUCUGCAGCUUUAUGCAGAGUUAAUUUGGCACAAACAGAAAAAUAUCAACGAGAAAUGACCCUCAGGAACCUCAAACCAGAACCAGAACCAGAACCUUUAGCUCCCGCUCUACAGUGAAUACAGUGAAAUUCUCCCCCCGGCCCAGUUACCCUGAAUUGUUCAGUACAAACAGCAGGGGGCGCUCUCCUAAGCGUCAGUGUUUCCGUUCUCCUCCGGCUGCAGCUGCUCCUUCUCCAUGCUGUCGUCCUGCGGGGGGCGCACUCGGUUAAAGAAGCCCAGCUGAGGAGGAGGAGGAGAAGAAG